AUGGCAAAAGUAUACGGUACGAAGUCGGUGGAAGAAGCGCUGAAACACUUGGCCAAGGUGGCCGAAUCCAAUCCUAAUGAUCCUUUUGCCUGGCAAGCGAUCGGCCUACAGUUCCAUGCAAUCAGAUGCUAUCAAGAUGCCCUUACUUACUUCCUAAAGGCAGAGCAAAUCAAGGUGAGCAAAUUUCGUAUAUAAUUCUGCGAAUACCACCUACAAUCCUAGCAUUUCUGCUUCUUUAUUAUGUUUAACAUUGAUGGUAAAGCUCAUAAUCCCUUUAUUAAUCACUUUACAAUUAACCCCGUUUCUUUGCAGGCUAAUAUCUCGGCAUCUAAUUUGUACUAUAUCGGGGACUGUCUCCGUCGGAUUGGCGCUGUGGAUGAAGCCCAUAUCUACUUCAAAAGAGCCUUAACAAUCCCUGUGAGAAAUCGAGUAGAUCAGAAAGGAUAUGCCGCGGCAAAGAAAUAUCUACUCAGUCAUGGCCACAACGAAUCUGAUAUCCUUGUCAGACCGAGAAGAAAAACGUCUUCGGCCAUUUAA